AUCUUCCGAUGGCCUGGGAAAAGCAAGCAGGAAAACAUUAUUACCAUAUAAAUUUCUGCCUUAGGGUUCAUGUUAGUGUGAGGCGCCUAAUGCUCCAUUUGGACAUAAUAACUGAAAAACUGAGUUGGAGUUGGGGUGGAAAUACUGGACCAAGGAGGACAAAAAUUGUUGAGCAGUUAAAUCAGUUAUUGCAAACCUUUUUAGCACUUAAUGAAAUUAAUGAAAAAUAUGCUGCUAUGUGACUCACUGGAGUCAUUUGCUGAAGUGAUAGGCCCCUGGACCACUACAGGAUGAGGUUGUGAUAAGGCCGAACACCCAGCUACCUGAAACUUCAAAGCCUUCAUGUCAGCUUGGAGCACCUGCAUUUCACUCUCCGCCUGUGCCACUAUGGCUUUGACCCUAGCAGGCUUUACUGUGGACUUCAGCUUAUGACAGGCAGCCUCAUAUCCCUCUUCCAUGCAGAUUUCAUUUAAAAGUUGUAAGAAAUUAGUUGUCUACCAUCAGACGUGCUUGCUUCACCCAGUUAUCGAGCGAUUCCUCCCCGGGUGGUGUGGGGAGAACUCCUGAGAAGGACCUGCCAAGGAUAAUGACGUGAAUCGCAUCAUUCAUGCUGCAUCCAAGAUGCCUACGUGAAAAAAGGACAAAGGCUUUAAAUUGUAUGUGUCCAGCUACAUACACAACUAUGAAGAUUGUCCUAAGGGAUUCAACUCCUGUGGAGUUACAGGAGUGCCAGUGUACCUGUGUGGCUGGUACAUCCUUGUGCAGUCACGUGGCAGCUCUUCUUUUUCAGACUGCCCACUAUUCCCAACUGAGGCUCACAUCAGUUCCCCCAGUGUUCAGCUGCACAGAGACUGAACAAAAGUGGCAUAAACCAAGGACUAUGGGUAUUAAACCUGGUCCAGUAAACAAGAUGGUUAUCCUGUCAGCCAGACCAAGAGAAAGAAGACUGGUAGAAGGAAUCAGAAGCAACUUGUAUAAUGGUGUUAGCUCAUCUCUGCCGGAAAUAUCAACACUUAAAGUUCAUGACGUGUACCAUGACCUUCCUGCUGAUAAAGCUCCCAUGAUCACAACAAUGGCUGUUUCCAGUGAUGUACCUCUGGUUGACUCCAUGUUCGGAGAGGUGCAAGAGGGAAGUGUGCUGUCUUAUCAGAUGCCAACAAAGACUGUCCCAAGGACCCGUCCACACACAGACGCCCCUUCUCCCCCACAGCUGCCACUCUCCGAUUACAGCUUGGGACCCUCUACAUGUGCAUUUGUCUGCUCUGAACAUCAGCACCAUCACAUGGCAUCCCUUGAGACAUCUUUGGAGAAAAUUGAACACAGCACACGAGAACAAAGUUCUUAUGCUGAAUGGCAGCAACUAAGGAGGUGCCGCAUCACCUCUUCCAAAUUCCAAGAGAUCUGUCACACCGGGGGGGGAAGCUCUGCUGAAAACCUCGCCAAAAGGCUUCUGAGACCUUGCCAUCAGACUGCUAACAUGCGGCGGGGGCUUGACAUGGAGCCACUAUCCAUGUGGAUUUCUGAUACACCCUGAUGCACCAUGGAUGGGUUCAUCACCUGAUGGGAUUGUGUACGAUCCUGAGGGGCAGCCAGUGUUUGGCCUAUUGGAGAUCAAAUGCCCAAAUGUAACAAGCUAUGUGGACUGCCCUUACAUUCAGAUCAGGGAGGGUACACAGACACUGAGGCGAUCUCAUCCUUAUUACUGGCAGAUCCAGGGCCAGAUGUUAAUUUCAGGGUGUGACUGGUGUGACUUUGUUAUUUACACAAAAGAUGACAUGUUUAUUCAGAGAAUUCCCCGUGACAUGGAAGUCAUUGAAACCAUUAAAGAAAAAAUUGACCGUUUCUUUUUUUAUUUUUACCUCAAUGCCUUCUUGGAUACAGUAAUUAGUGAGUUCAUGGCAAUGUAAAUGUAUUUGUAACAGUGUUGAAUAUAAUAAAAUGUGAGUAAAAUGUUGCUGCAUUGUGUUUGUUUAUGCAAAAUGACUGUAACAGAUGACUUGGAUUUAAGCAUUUAGGUGUUUUGUA